AUGAAUGAACAGCAACAAUCUGAUUCCAUCCCAGCAGUAUUCAAUUUAUCAAAUAACUCUAAUUGUCGCGCCAAUGACACUAAUGUGAACGAAACUCGUGAAUCAUCUAUGAGUGCUGGUGCUUCUACAAUUGAUUCACUUAGUUUGAUUAUCGAAUGUGAUAAUCAAGAAAUCUUCGCCGAUUUAAAAAGUAUCUCCAUUAAAACAAUCAUUGCAUACAUUGUCACCGAAAUCAAUAAUGCCACAAAUGAAAGCAAAGCAGCUCGUUUUACCAUCGUUUCACAACACAUCAAACUUUUCAUCCAUUCAUUCGACGACUUCUAUAAGCAUGUUGAGAUGGAGUUGAAGAUCGAAGAAGGAAAAACGCUUCGACAAUGGCUACGAGAAACAUUUGAUAAUAUGCAGAGCGAAAUAAUAACAAAACAAUGCCGUUGUUUUAUCCUAUGGGCUGUAGACCCACUUUAUAAUAAUAAUAGGCAAAAUGCCAUAGGUUUUCUGACGCUGAAAGAUCAAGAGAAAGGAUCGGUUUAUAUCGCACAAUGUUGUAUUGAUGCCGAUUUUAAACGACAUGGAUUUGGUGGUCGUCUCCUUGAGUAUCUACGCACGGUUUACCCACCAGGCACUUUCUACUGUGGUUUAUGUCGACGUGUAAAUCAACCAGCGAUUCAUUUCUAUUUGAAACAAGGUGCAAUGUUUAUGAACGGCGAUGAAGUCGCUAAAAAGUACAAGUAUGAUCCUAAGCUCUAUGUUGGUUUCGAAUUCAAGGAUAACUUCAAUAUUCCGACUAAUAAUACUUCAUUACCAUUUGAAACUUCACGGACAUCAAGUGAGCCUGAAUCUGGCGACAAAGUGCUCAAACGACAAAAGCAAACACAAGAAAAGUACACUACGGCAAUGACUGAACCUUUACUUGAUGGCGAGAAAGCCAAAGCGGAGAAGCAAAAAUGCUGCUAAUUAAUUUUCUUUGAAAAUAUUAAAACUGCCAUUGCUGUAUAA